GCCUGAUGGAAAGUGCGAAUCACAGAACACUAUACUGUGCGUAGUAUCUCUUAUUAGUUUGUGACCGUAGUUCACUAAGUAGUCUGUGUUUGUGACUGUGCGAAUACAGUCCAGAGAUGAGAGUAACGGAUGGAAAACACAAAUAUCUUCACUCCGUCACUAUCAUUUUGCCGGUUUUAUGCUCCUUGUGAGUGGUUAUAAGUUUGGCAACAACAACAACUCUAUAAUAAAUAACAUAAAUAGAAUUUUGCUCCAGUAGUGCGCGUAGUGCUUAAAUUCUCUUUGUUUUGCUCUACUGUUGUUUUGGUUUGAGCGUAUGUUAUCUGUUACGUUUAUAUUUGUUUUUAUACAAAUUUAUCAAUGGUUGACCAUAUACAUUUUGUAAUUCAAGACUUCAAGUAAGUUUUUCGAAAUAAUGGAACGGCCAAGAACAGUUUUGUUUUUUGAAAAAUGUAGAUUAUGUUUAGAUAAACCUGGUUCAGCUAAUAUUUUCGAAGUGCAAGACCUACCACAGGAUAUCUACGCCUGUACACGUGUCAAGGUGUCACUUAUGGACAAUUUGCCACAGAAAAUAUGUAUCCAAUGCUAUGAAAUAGUGAAACAAGCGAAGAGUUUGAGAUUGUUAGCUACAGCGAACGAUGCCGCCCUCAGAAAUCUUCUUCUCGACGACUAUGAGAAUAUUACGGAAAAAACCUCUCCGAACACAACAUUAAACGCUACAGAUUUUCUUGAAAUUAUUGUAGAAAAUUCAAGCAAUAAAAAUACGAAUGACCAAAGUAAAAAAGGAAAUGAAAAGGACCCACAAAACAUUGACCAGAACAUUCUCAUCAGUCAUAAAAAUAUUGAUAAGCAAAAUCAUAAACAAAAAAUCAAUACAAACAAGAAAUCUAAUAAUGAUGUAACGAAUGAUGAAAAUUGUAAACCAACCCAGCCAAGUCAACAUUUAGGACUAAAAGUGAGAAAAGAUCUAUUUGAACCUUCGCCUAGUCAAGUGAGUUCAUCACUGAAACCGGAUACGGUUAGAAAAGAAACGGAAACAGCAGUACCUAAAAAGAGGAUCAGUAAUGAACAAGGUGAAGAAAUUUUCAUUUGUGAGGUGUGUAAAAAAACAUUACAAACGCGCAAGAAAUUGUACAUGCACCAACGACAACACAACAAGUCUUUUAUAUGCCCUCUGGACGUUUGCGGGAAAAAGUUUGCUAUCAAGAACGAUCUGGAAAGGCAUAAAAGGACUCAUACUGGAGAAAAACCAUAUAAUUGUGAUAUAUGCGAGAAAAGUUUUGCGCAGCAAGGUACACUGAAGGCUCACAAAGAGGCAGUUCAUUGUGCUACAAGCAGUGCCUGAAGCUAAUUGAAUGCAGAGACAGAUUCUACCAUAAAGCAUCACAUAAGACGCGUCUACACGUCCUAAAUCAAUGUCUUUAUGGACUAUAUCAAUACAUUUGUAUACUCAAUCAACGAAUCUUGAUUAUUAAGUAUUGAAUUAUGGC